UAUUUAACAGAUUUAUAUACUGUUUUUUUCACAAAAUGUCAGAUCUAACAGAAAAGUCAAAAGGAACAAAUACGUUUCGGUUCAAGUCAUUUACGGACCGCUUGAACGAGAUUGACUUACGGCACUUGGCACUGUAUCACAUAGGACAUAAAUACGAACAGCUGGAAGAAGAUGAUAAAGAAACAUACUUCUACCAAACACUUCAAAAAUGGAACGUUCUCAAUCUAUCCGAAGAGUACAAUACCUUUAGCAGAGAAUGCCGCAACAUAGUCACGUUGCCACAGCUAUUGCACCAGAAGGAUCUCGUCUUGGAUUUGCUCCUAGAGCGCCUAUCUACGGCUACGAGUCUUUCACAGCAGCCAUUUCUAGAGUUACUGUAUGUACUGGCGCGCGAUCUCCGCGAAGAGUUUUACGCCUACUUUCAACGUGUGCUGGAUCGCCUUAUAUGCUUGCUAAACACGCAGGAUGCAGAACAGCUAGAAUGGACUCUAGUCUGCUUGGCUCAUCUAUUCAAAACUCUUAAGACCUACUUAAAGCGAAACAUUGGUCUUGUCUUCAAUGCCAUUCUGCCGUUAUUAGAUGAGCACCACUAUGCAGUGCAUGUGACAAACUUUGCAGUCGAAUGCUUUGCUUACAUAGCUCGUGAUGUGCACGAUUUUCCACGUUUUCUUGUGUAUGUCCUGCAAACUAUAUUACGUGAGCAAGUAGAUAGUGUACAUGGCUGCGGCCGCUUACUCUACGAGAUGUUACGUGGCUUAAAUGCUCAGUUGCAUACUACUGCGGCCGUUCAUCUAGCACACCUGUUCGAAGUAGUUUCCAAUGUUGACUCCAGUUGGACUUUUGCACAGACAUCUCUGCUGGUGGAAAUUUUAAAAAACUGCUUAAGGCUACUACUUAACUUUUUGCGCCCAGACCAAAGCAGCAUCAUUUGGCAGCAACUCUGCGCUGCUCUCUCUACAGAAAGCUUAAACGAUUCAGCAAUUAAUAAUUUAUUAAAUCUCAUGUUGCUUUUAAUCGACCAUAAGGAAGGACUUUUCGUUGCGGAAAUGCCGUUAUUGGUACGUACGUUAUUAAAGCUACUUGACAAGUACGUCGUUUCUGGAAAAAGUCCAUUACAGCAGUUGAGUGUUGUUGUCAGCAGUUUACUGAAUGCACGUCAAGCGCAACUCACUCACUUAAAUGCCAGCUGCCUGCUUAAGAAGCAGCUAAAUAUCGUCGAGGUGUCUUUGCCUGUGUAUGAGGAGUUUGUGCUGCAACUCUUGGAUUACAGACAAUUUGAACUGAUGGUGUUGCCUCACAUUGUGUCUUAUUACGAGGAGCAUCAAGACACAAACGGUCUUGAAAUAUUAGCACGGAUUAUUCAAAAGAAAAGGCCUUUAUAUGUAGAUGCCACAAGCCUGACAAGCUGGGAGCCAUAUCCUAUUCAGCUUAAAAAUGGCAAGACAUUAGAGACUGUGGAGCAACAACUUAAACAUAUUAACCUAACUGAGGAAAAACAGCUUUUGCUAUUAUUGUUGUUACCACAUUUUCGUGGCAUAAACAAGCAAUCCGUUGAAAGUUCUCUACAGCUAGCUAUUAAAAACCAUCUGAUGGAGUUGAAUAGUACUCCGAGUCCAGACUGUACACUGUUACUUUUGCUGCUUCAAACACACUAUGUUCUCAAGUUUAAGUUAGAGUCGGAGCUACGCGCGGAGAUGCAACAGCAACUACUGCCGCUAAUAGGAAACGAUCUACACACAUUAGCUUGUCUUCAAAUUUCUUUUCUUCAAGCGUCAAAAGACGAGUUAAGCACGAAGACUAUGGAUUUAACAUUGAACACAUUGUCCUGGUUUCUUGGUCAGCCACAAUCGCAAGGCCGUCGCAUAGCAGCACAUUGCUUGGAACUGAUAUUCGCUGGUGCUGGGAAAUGCAAUCCGUAUAGUCACUUUACUGCUGCCUGCUCUGUUGAGCCCAGCGUUCACAAUUAUCGUGAAUUAUUGCUGCAGCUGCAGAAGCUGGAACCAGCGGGUGUACAGUUUAAGCAGUUCAAUAAGCUGCCCUACUACAAGGAGCAUGUUGUAAAUUUACUCCUGGGCUUGCUCUACAACAAUUUUAAAUUUGUGUGGGCACCAAUCCAGCAGUUGCUUGCUGAGUAUUCCAAGUGCAUGACACCUGAUAAGUUCUGGAAAAUCUUUAUGCUAAAGCUACAUCAUGUUGUAGGGUAUAUUAACUACAAAUCAGAAGGAAUAGCAUUUCAACUGCCAGCUAAACGCAAGUUCAAUUCUGAAGCUUUGUCCUCACUGCUGCACAUAGAUGAGCCGCAACAUCAACUCUCUGUGCAACAAGCUCUUAACUAUCGACAACUUUUGUGGCAAUCCAUACCAAAAUUCGGAAAUUUGGUUGAACUGAGAAACGCAGACUUAGUUCGUUUAUUCCUGCAAUUUGUUGAACACGAAUACCGUCUCCAAUUGGAAAGAACUGAAUAUGUUUGGAACUUAAAAGAAUCAUCUGCUUUGGUGACUAUUGACGAAGAGGACGACAACAAUGACGAUAAUCAAAAUGAAAUGACGUCGGCGACACAGAAUGGUCAUAAUAUUGCUACUAACGAUCGCAUCAAAUGUAAAACUCGCAACAUAUAUACUAAAGUUAUUCUGCAAACGCUGCAACUUAAACUGGCAUGUUUUGUUGCCCAACCAAAUCCAAAGGCCAUAUAUAAACAGACGGAAAUGCACGCAUUUUAUCUGGAGCUAUUGUCUGGACCUAACCCUCAGUUACAACAGUUAGCGCUAAAUUGCUUAGUCGCAUACAAUCAGCCUGCUGCGCUUGUGCAUUAUAAGCAACUCCUUUCUGGAAUUAUUGACGAAGGAAAGUUCAAAGCUACAUUGAGUAGCUUUGAACUGGAUGCUCUUGAACCGCAGCAACGAACUGAUCUUAUGCCGUUUAUACUACGCGUGCUCUAUAGUCAUCUGACCAAGGGAGGUGUGAGGCAAUUGAGUGCUCAGCAGCGUAAGGCACUAAUUCUACGCUUUCUCGGUCGCCUAGAGGAAGUAGAAAUUCUUAACUUUCUGCAAAUGGCAUUUGGCCGCUAUACCGAAUACACCAAUCUACCCAUAAAUGAAUUGGAUACACAUGUACGGGCGCAGAUUACGCUCGAUUCGGUGAUUGCAGCACGCCAGCUGCAGAGGAUGAUCAAUUUAAUAGAGCUCAUACGCAAGGAGUUUGCCUGCCGCCUAAGCACGUCAUUUCAAGUUUAUAUUUUAAAGUUACUCCUCUUAGCGGGAAGUGUGUCACAAUAUGUAAUUACCACCAGUUCGACUGAGUCAAUCUACCAUGGUUACAAGACAGCUUAUAAGAAAGUGCGGCACACUGCACUACAAACCCUCGUCAACUACUUUGGCCAAUUGAUAGAUAUUUCUGACCUUUGGCAAGCACACCAACUGCAGGCUAUCUGUGAAGUGUUUGUAUGGCCUGGGUUGGCGUUAAUGCCAUUGGAGUCUAUACAUACGCCAACUCCGUUGCUAAAACUUUUGCUGCUGUGGAGCAACGAGCCACGCUAUCAAUUUUUGCUGCAAAAAUCCCAAACGCCCGAGUCUCCUUCUAUUAUACACUAUCUGAUGGCGUUGCUCUUCAAUGACAAGGCAAAGCCAGCGGUGCGGCGUUCGCUUCUUCAACUGGUGGAGCACUUGUUAGAAUGUGCCAAAGGCCCAGAAGAGCACAGCGAGGAUGCGCGUACUAUGCUGCAACCUUACAUAUUUGGUGUUUUGCAAUUGCUGCAGGCUAGCUGGCGUCAAAAGCGAAGCGGUAAACUACGGGCAUUGGACAAGCGAGAGCUUAACAUUCUAGCCCUACUAACGGUACAUGUGCAAGAGGCUGACACUUGUGAGCUUCUCUUGCAGGUAUUGUUGCCAAUUAUCAAGAAGCAGAUAGCUGACAAUGCCAGUGCCGAAACAGUUGUCCAAUUGAUUACCACGCUUGCAAAUCUUUGUAAGCGGAUAACGACUCCACAUGCUUAUGUCCAACAGCUGGCAGUUUUUUUUGAGAUUGUAAAUGUUUUACCCGCCCGAAAGCAACUCUGCGAGAUACUCGUCGAUAUGGCCAAAAAAUUGCGCAAGCAAUGUAAGCAGCAGAACGAGUUGACUAGUACUGCUGAAGAGCUUCGGCAGACAGCGCGAAUUGUAAUGCAGCUAAACGCUUUGGACAAACGAUGGAUAGAACAGCCUGACUACAGCAAGAGACUACAAGCUCUUAGCGAAACAAAGCAGUUGCUAGUGGAAGGUUUUAAUAUACAACUAGGUCUUUUAGUCACCUACAACUGUUUCUAUAUGCUGCGUCAUGAUUCCGACCUGGGCUUGCGUGUAAACGUUGGUGAGCUUCUUAAGUUAUUGCUGCCACAGCUUACACUCCAGCUAUCAAAGGAGGAACUAAUUUUUUGGUUAGACGACUGUAUAUUACCGAUAAUACAGCGCUGCAUUCGCGACGAGCGUAACGAGCACGCACGCAACGAAGCUAUUGGGCUGUUGGGGGAGCUAGCGCGGCAGUGCCCUCACUCGCAUGAAGUUUUCCGUGAUUUAGCACCGCUAACCGAUUCUUCCGAUUUGGAGGUGGACUUUUUUGAAAAUAUGAUACAUCUGCAAACGCAACGUCAUGGUCGAGCAUUACAGCGUUUGGUAAAUAUUGCAAAAGGAGCUUGCUGGAGAAAAAACACACCAUGUACCCGCACUCUUACUCAAUUUGUGAUGCCGUUGGCCACUCGCUAUUUAUUGAACGAGAAGUACAUAAGUAAGCACACCCUUGUUGAUGCGGCCAUUGAAGCGGUGGGCGGUUUGUGUGAGCUGCUGCCCUGGCAGCAAUAUCACGCAGUACUACGCCACUAUCUUCAAAAGAUGAGAUUAGCGCAUGACCACCAAAAGCAGUGUGUUCGCUUGGUAGUGCGCAUAUUAGACGGAUUCCACUUUGAUCUAUCCCUUGCUCACGCCGACACAGCGUUGGCACAACCCACUGAGAAUGCGGGUGCACUAAAAAACGAGGACUCGGAAAAAAUCGAGAACACAGCGAUAAUGGUGCAGGUUGCUUCUGACUGUGAGCAUAUUGUUUUCGAUGUCGAGAAUCAUGAGAAUCUAGAUGAUAAUGAACAAUCUAUGGCAACUCAACGUCCAUUAAUUAUUCAACAACAACUCGACCAUCAAUUAACAUCCAAUGCUGCCAGACGCGUCAUGACUACCAUUACUAGUAUAUUGUUACCGACGCUCAAUCGAUCUAUCACAGAAAAGACCAACUACGAUUCCAAACAUAAAAUUAACAGACGUCGCCUGGGCUAUGAACGGGAGGAGGACGAAAUUCAGCGUGUACCUAUUGCACUGGCUAUGGUUAAGCUACUGCAAAAGUUGCCUCAUGAUCUGCUUGAGUCUAGUUUGCCAGGAAUAUUUAUGAAAGUGUGCACGUUUCUUCGUUCGCCUCUCAAGUCAGUUCGCAUGUUGACCCGCGAUAUCCUCAAAAAGAUAAUAUUGACACUGGGAGGGAGUUAUUUGGCUUUGUUGCUGGAGCAGCUGCAAUCGUUAUUGACGCGUGGCUUCCAGGUGCAUGUGCUAUCAGUUACAUUGCAUGGUGUUUUGGAUGUUCUUCGAUCUCAGCUGGAGCCAGUGCAUAUAGAGUGUUGUCUUCACAAUUUGCUAGAUGUAGUACUUAACGACAUAUUUGGUGAAGCUAGCGUUGAAAAAGAGGUAGACAAAAUUGUGGCGCAUACACCGGAAGCCAAGCCCAGCGCCAAAAGCUAUCUGACCUUGCAAGUGGCGACACGCCAUAUACGCGACAAUUGCUUGUUAGACCUACUACUUCCAUUUAAGGAGCUUCUAUCGCGAACGCAGUCCCGCAAGACUACACAGAAGAUUCAAGAGUGCUUUCUCAAAAUUGUGGCUGGAUUGGUCGAAAACCCGCACAUCGCUCCCGACAGCCUCGUCAUUUUUAUCUACGGUACUAUGUCAGAGAGCAUCACAGACUUGUUGCCAGGCAAGCAGAAAAGCGAGUUACCCGACAAUCAUCCUGACCUAAUACGUCGUGUACGUCCAGAUUGCUUACUAUUGUCGCCAGCCCCUGGACGCCGCAGCGUGUCCCGUGUAAACAAGCAAGUCAAGACCAAUGCUCAAGCUAAUGCGCAUAUUCUAAUUGAGUUCGGGCUCGAGCUACUGCACUUUUUGCUUAAGCGUAAGAGAUUGUCCGAGAUAGACUAUCAACCUUUCCUGCAUCCGCUGUUGCCGCUGCUGCGAGAUUGCUUAAACAGCAGCCAUGCCCAGACGACAACGUAUGCACUUAAAUGCUAUGCAUCCAUCUGGAUAGGAAACUAUGAACUGUCAGAGCUCCAAGCUGAUCAUCUAAGCAGUGUUGUCACUCGUAUGUUUGACAUACUCAAGAACUUUUCAACAUUUGGAGCGACACGGCAGGAAGAAAAUGCGCAACUAGUGCGCGCCAGCUUUAAAGCUGUGGUGGCUCUUCUCCGUAAAUGCUCUAACUACAUCCUGAGUACGGAGCAAAUAGAGCAGCUUCUAUUGCACAUCGAACAGGAAUUACAGGAGGGCGACUGUAGCAGUCAAAGCUUUUGCUUUACGUUGCUCAAAGCUCUUGUUUGGCGCAAAGUGGACUCGCGAUCGCUACACGACUUAAUGAAGCGUUUGACGAAUUUGUGUAUUCAAUCGCAGUCCGACUAUGUCCGUGAAGAGUCUCGUACCAUUUUGCUUACAUACAUUAUGGAAUAUCCGUUGCAAAAGCGUAUCGAUCAAAUACUCAAGUUUAUGUCUGUGCAGCUAGCCUACUCCCAAACAUCUGGUCGGCUUUCGGCUAUUCAAUUCAUGCAAAUGAUAAUCAAUCAAUUUCCCCUUCAGCUACUUACUAAGCACUCUGAGUUUCUCUAUCUGUCGCUGGGUUCGCGUUUGGUUAACGACGAGGACACCUUGUGCAGACGUGCUGUGGCCCAUGCUCUUGAGGCCAUGAUUGCAAAACUUAAGAAGAUUCAACGUCAACCAUUACUUGACCUAACUUUGCUCCUUCUUACCUCUCCUCAAUCGAGCAAAAAGCCAGGUGUGUGCGAGAUGGCGUCUGCUCUACUCUCUCGGUUCGUGCAAGCUGAGGGUACAGGCUUUGCUGACCGAUUGAAAUUAGUGUUUCCGAUUCUGGUGGACUUUUUAACUUUGGGCGAUCCUGACGUGGGCGGUAAAUUCGUGAGGGCACCUGGCCACGACGCACAAUUUACUGGAAAGUCUUUUGUGUCAAAGAAACCCUUUAAAAUACGGCGUCAGACCUUACAUUCUGAAGAGAGUGAGAAUUUAUUGCUUGCCGAUUUUGACAUUCAAGAGAUAGAGCAACAUCAAUGCAGUGCUGACCAUCAGCUGAUACAGUUGCAAUACUGUUUAAUUAACAUUUUUGAGCAUUGCGGCGAGAUCAUCGUCACUAAUGAAGAGCUUGCACCGAUUACAGAUAAUUUGGCUUACGCCAGUCAACGGUUGCUGGGACACGAACAUAACUGGGUGCGUUGCAACGCUGCUAAGCUGCUGGUACAUAUUCUGGCGCAUUACGAUUACGAGUAUGUGGGACAGCAGCUAGUCGGAAUUAAACAGGAGCACAAUGACUUAAAGCCACUGCAGUUUAUCUACGCACAGCCAGAUCAUGAUAUAAAGAGUUUGGUCCUAGAUAUGUGUGCUCAGGUAACGCCUGGUGAUACGGCAAAGGAAAUGAUUGACGAGCUGACAAAGUUUCUACUCUAUGUGGCCCACAUGCUUCGGAAUUUGCCAUUUGUUAGCAAAAAUGAUAAGAAAAUGAAUGAAAAGAAGAUUAAGGGGCCAGAGAACCAGGAGCAGUAUGUAUCUAAACUCAACCUCAAUUGGCUCAUGCGCAAUAUUUGUAAUCUAAUUAACAAGGAGAUGUCCAAGGCGCAGCACGAUACCACUGUCCGUACUGCUUUGUUCACACUAAUUGAGGGUCUAAUACCAUUGCUUAGCAUCGACACGUUAUCGAGUUUGCUCCCAACUCUAUUAAAAGUACUUGUGCGUGAAAUGUCUGAGGAGGACCGAAAUGUUGAUGGUGAUUUGCGACAGCUAGCUUUGCGUGUUGGGAGUCGCCUGCGCAAACGAAUUGGUGUUGAAGUUUACGAUGAGAUGCGCAACGUGGCUCAGACUAAUUUAAUAAUUCGGCGUGCUGAGCGUCGUAAGAUCAUAGUUCAGGAAAGAGUUCAGAAUCCGUUGCGUGCUGCUAAGCGAAAAGCUAGUAUACAGGAGCGCAAAAAAACAGCCAAGCGCUUAAAGACAGCCGUAGUACGUGGUAACGUACUUGACUUUAAACAUAAGCUUAAGCGUAAGCGUAAAAACGAAAUAAAGGAUAUUUAGUGGAUACGUUUGUUAUGAAUAUCCUAAUUUAUUGGAAUCAUAUAAUUAAAAUAAAAUACAUAAUUUUUUAAAGA